GAUCAUACGCUGAGCUCGAAUACGCAAGUCGCAUAGAAGCAGCAGCCUUCUCAACACAAUCUUGUAUUAUGUGCCAUGAAUGUACAUGUGCUGCAAUCGUGUCCGUUGCAUCGAUACCCAGACGUCGGGUAAGACACGUGUAGGCGCGGCACCGAUCACCUCGUUGCUGCUUGGGCCGCUCAGCCUACCGACAACAAUACAGUAUUGACUCGCGAAGAUGGCCAUACUCAAUAUUGGGAAGAGAGGGAUUGCUUCUGGCAAAAGCCCCAUUCCACCGGAUCUGACAAAGGCGCUGCUCGCCGCCUUGGUGCCCGAUCCAAAUGACCAGCCUGAUGUCCUGGAGAGCGACAUUGUGUUCAUUGCACGAUUCAUGGUGCGAGAGUUGCAGCAAUCGAGGGCAAUUUUGACCAGCAUCCUUAGUAGUACCUACAAAUCCCACUGUCUACCUGACGAGCGGAUACUAUGGUUUAUGACAGCUAUCGCAGGACCAUUGACCGAAAGUGCAAAUAUUAGUAUCGACCGCAUUGUUACGGCACUCAUCACUGCUAAAGUACUUGCGGAUGACUGCAAGGAGGGUGAUCGGCGCCUACUCGCUAUACGCUCAAUCUUCUGCCUCCUCGGCUGCCUCACGUUUCUAUACCGGCCAGAGCCUGUGGACAAGAGUACUGCAUUGGAUAUCCAAAUGCAAGACUGCUCCUCCUUCACCACACGCUCUCAACAGAUGCAAGGCAGCUCAAGGCCGUUUUUCGAAGUUGUGAACGUGUUCAACGCUCUUGGUGAUCUCCGAACUAAACAAGUAUCUUCUGAUACAUCGUACGCGGAGUCGAGGCACGCGACUCGUCAGGCAUUGCUGCAUCCAUCACACUUCAACGCCGCGGUUCUCACCAAGUUUGGCAAAGUCACAAUAGUUUGGGUCGAUAGCAUUGGAGCUCAUCUUGACUUUGACGCUGGGACGAAAAAGCUGUCCUUGUUUCGAUUGCCGUCUUUCAUCCGAGUACAGUCAUCUGACGGGGCUCUCCUUCCGUUAUGCUACUCACAAUACGAAAAGGCUCGAGACGACCGUUCGACAUGCGACAUAGCCGGUUUGGCACGUGAGGUGUUGGACACGUAUAGUCUGCUCUUCGGUAACGACAGACGAUCGAAAGCCGUUUAUCGCAAGUUGAUGUUGAAAGCUUCGAGCGAUGGAAUGGUCGAUCCGCUGUUGGACGAUUUAUGCGGGCUCACUCCAUGGCACUGGGCGUCGAUCAAUCUCUCGCCGCCGCGACCUUCGAUAGACGCAGAUCUGCUAUUCCCCAUUCUUUCGGCGCGUAUGAUGAAAUUGCAGGUGUAUAUAGAAAGUCAGGGCGCCAGAGGGUUGAGGGCUCUCUAUAGAGACCAAAGAGACUCUUACCAAUGGUGGACCUUCUGGGCAGUCAUAUGGCUUGGAGGUCUGAACCUGCUCUUUGCCUUUACGCAAAACGUCCUUGGAUCGUUGCAAGUGGCAUAUGCCAUAAAGGCACUGAACAAAUGAGCGUACCAUACGCCUGUACACACAGCGCUUGCACCUUGUACUUGUUGCUCACGACAGACCAAUGUAAUGUCGCGCAGACUUUGCAACCACUAUUAUUCCAAGAAACCACGCACGAGUGCUAACGUAAAUUGCAUAAGACAGUCACCAUUCUAGUUGUCUUGCGUCACUAAACACUUUUUAACAGUACAUGGUCUACGUAUAUAGCAUAGGUUAAACGAUAUUGAACCUGG